UAAUGUUUCCAUCGUAUAAAUGAUGUUCAAUUCAUGUUCCAAGGUCAAACGUCUGACUUCUGAGUUCUCAGCUCUUCCUAAACACCGCCGGACGGAGAUGGGCAGCAUGGAGACGAUGAUAGCCAUGAAGGUUGUGGGCUUCUCCUUUCAGUUCAUAGCGGGAAAGCUAGAGAGGAUGCUAGCGGAAGAAGCUGCGAUGCUGGCCGGAGUCGAAGAUGAUGUUCGAUACAUGGUCGAUGAGCUCAAAAGCAUGACCUCUUUCUUGAAGGCCAUGUCAACCCGGCACAAUCUGGAUGAUCAACUGCAGAACUGGGUGCAAGAAGUAAAGGAGGCGGCCUACGAUGCCGAAGACUUGAUCGAUGAGUUCUCAUGCCAUCUCGGAUCGAUACCCUACGACCAGCGCAGAGUCAAAGGUUUUUUCAAGCAUUUCCUUCGCAGUAUAAAAUCAAUGAAAGCUCGUCAUGACAUCGCUUCAGAUCUCAAGAAAUUGAAGGUUCAUGUAGAAGAAGAGGUCAGAAAGAGGCACGAUCGCUAUUCCCUCCUAAAUGAAGCUACAAGCUCUGGCAUCGCCACCAGCUUGGAAAUGGCAGGCACAUAUUCUGAUCCACGAAUCAUCGGCCAUUUUGUAGAGGAAGCUCAACUCGUGGGCAUCAACGAGAGCAGACAUACGCUCAUAGAGUGGGUGUUGGACAAGAACCGUCUCGUGCUCACAGUGAUUUCUCUCGUCGGCUUCGGUGGUUUAGGAAAGACAACUUUGGCCAAGACAGUCUACGACGAUCCUAUUAUCGUCGGAGGUCACUUCCAACCUCGAGCUUGGAUUUCAGUGUCCCAAAAUUACAAUAUCAAAGAGCUUCGGAAAAAGAUUAUUCGACAAAUCUCCGUCAACGAGCAACAAAUCCGAGAUGUUAUAGGGUGCCAAGAUGCGAGGUUGAACACAGAGCAACUUCUGAACAUGAUGGACGAGACGCAACUGAUGGAGACAAUCAGAGACCAUCUCCAAGGAAAGAGGUAUUUGCUUGUUUUUGAUGACGUUUGGAGAACUGAAGCAUGGGAAGGCUUGAGCACCGCAUUGCCACCUGGUAAAGAAGGAAGUAGGGUCAUAGUGACCACCCGCAUUGAGGAAGUGGCAAAUACAAGUUGUUCGGAGCUAGAAAAUGUUGGCAGAGAAAUCUUGCAAAAGGGCAACGGACUGCCACUUGCGAUCGUGACAAUCGCAGGUCUUCUCGCUUCCAGGCCUGAUAAAAAACUUGAGGAAUGGAAAGACUUGCGCGACCACCUUCGUUUGGAGAUAGAAACUAACGAUAAGCUGUUGAAGAUCCAUCAGAUACUAGUUUUGAGUUACAAUGAUUUGCCUUACCAUCUCAAGCCCUGCUUCUUAUUCUUAGGCACCUUUCCUGAGGAUUUUGAGAUUCACCGGAAGCGCCUGAUGAGACGAUGGAUUGCUGAAGGGAUUGUGAGUGGCGAAGGCGGCUUGCCCGCUGAGAAAGUCGCCGAGCGCUACUUCAACCAGUUGGUGAAUCGUAGUUUGGUGCAGCCAUCGCAAUUUGAUGAUAGUGGGACAGUGAAAUCCUGCCGCGUCCAUGAUAUGAUGCUUGAUGUCAUACUCUCGAUAUCGAGUAAGGAAAACUUUGCGGUGAUACUGAAUGAGCACACCACGAUUCCGCCGCAACACCAGAAGAUAAGACGCUUAUCCUGGCAUGGAGGAAACAGUGGAGUAGUGCCUGACCCUUAUCUGUCCCGCCUCCGAUCCUUCACUGCAUUUGGUGUGGAUGUACAACCACCGAUAGAUUAUAGAAAGCAGAGGCAGUUGAGGGCAAUUGACCUGGAAGGAUGUAGGGCUUUGCAUUAUCUCCACCCCAAGUGCUUUUCCAAGUCGUUUCUUUUGAAGUACUUGUCUCUACGAAAUACUGGAUUAUCUGAAUUGCCAGAUUCAAUAGGAGAUUUGCAGAAUCUAGAGUUUUUGGAUAUAAGAGGAACUCAAAUUUAUUAUAAACUACCCAAAACCAUCGUCAAACUUCAAAAACUGGUCUACCUGCUUGCUAGUAAUUAUUUGAAGGUUCCGAAAAGAAUAGAAAAGUUGAAAAGACUUGUCACGUUUGGAAUUGCAUAUGUUGAGAAUGUGCAGUCGCUACAGGAGAUUGGUGAGCUUGUCGACCUCCAGAAGCUUGGCAUCGGUUUUCGUCAACAUGAUGAUCUAUCACUCAGAAUGCAGGAGAUUAGCGCCCUGUUCUCGAAGCUCAUUGGCAGCCUUCGAUCUCUAAAGAUUUUCAGCUGGCCAAACAGCGGUCUGAAAACGGCACUCGAUCAGGUAGCUUCGCCGCCAUUGAUGCUCUGCAAGCUCGGAAUACAUUUCAAACUUGGCGAAUUGCCUCCUUGGUUUGCAUCUCUGAAUCAUGUGGUCAAGAUAUCUCUGUCCAACACAUUACUGCAGCUCGAGGAUCUACAAGUCUUGAGAAAUCUCCCCGCUUUGGUCAACCUGAUACUAGGAUAUAGGUCAUUCGUCCAUUAUGAUUUGGUCUUCGAUCGGGGAGGGUUCACACAACUUAAGUUCCUGGAAAUUAGUUGGUACAAUGUGAGUUUCAAAGAAGGUGCAGUCCGAAGCCUCGAAAUCCUUAAAAUAUUUUUUGUGACGGGAGUUAGAAGCGUCAAUGGCAUAGAACAUCUGCAUCGGCUAAGGGAGGUUCACAUUAAAACUAGGGAUGAAGAAAUAAUAGAGAUGGUCAAAAAUAUUUCAGCAAGCCAUUCAAAUCGUCUGAAAUGUUUUGCAACACAACAUUAGUAUGCUUAAGGCAUACGAUUCGACUCAGAGGAAGCAAAGCUUGCUGUCAAUGCAGAGGUGAAAUUAAUAAAACAUCUUGUGUGGUGUGUAUUCUAGUUCUGUUCUCCAACUUAUCCCUUGUUAAUCUCUUCUAUUAUUGCUUAAUUCUCAAACUUAUUUGGCUAUUCAAAUUAUCCUUUGUCAAUCUCUUUCUCUUCCACUAUGCCUUUGUAUUUUGGAAGCAGUAUGUAAUGUAAUCUUCAAAUAUCACUAUUCAAAAUAAGAGUGACUAUAUGAAACCAAUAUAA